CUCCCGGAAGUUGCCCUCCGGGAGCCGGGCGCCGGGCUCCGCGCGGUUUCUGACUGGCUUUGGGAGGCGUUUCCCGGAGGGAGGGCCCCGCGGGGAGAGAGCGUCCCGAGCGAGGCGAGGGCCGCACGUUCCCGUCCGCGCGCGGCCCGGAGCGGAGUGAGACUGACCCGGUGACCAUGGCGGGGUCGCAACCCCUCGCGCUGCAGCUGGAACAGCUGUUGAACCCGCGACCACGCGAGGCGGAUCCGGAGGCCGACCCGGAGGAGGCCACUGCUGCCAGAGUGAUUGACAGGUUUGAGGAAGGAGAAGAUGGGGAAGGUGACUUACUGGCUGUGGGUAACAUCAGGAAACUGGCAUCAGCUUCCCUUUUGGAAACAGACAAAAGGUAUUCUGGCAAGACCAUCUCUAGGAAAGCUUUGAAGGAAGACCAAUGGGAGCAUCCUCUAUCAGGUUCUUCUGACAAGGAAAUAUCUGAUGAGGAAGAGUCUGGAGAUGGCGAUUCAGAGGGGCUAGGUCUGGAGGAGUCUGAUGAGGAUGCCAUGAGUGUUGCCGAGGAACAGGAGUGUGGUGAUGAUGGGGACAAUAGUCUGGCCAAAAGGAAGGGGAGCAGAAGCCGCUCUGGGAAAACACCAGGCUUCAGUUUUCAGAAUAUCAGUGACUUCGAAAAAUUUACUGAGGGAAUGGAUGACCUUGGUAGCAGUGAUGACGAGGAAGAUGAAGAGGAGGAGAGUGGCAUGGAAGAUGGGGAUGGGGAAGAAGAUUUAGAGGGUGCCAGUGAGGAAGACAGGGCUGAAGACAGGAACAGUGAAGAUGAUGGUGUGGUGAUGACAUUCUCCAGUGCUAAAGUUUCCGAGGAAGUGGAGAAAGGCAGAGCUGUGAAGAACCAGAUAGCUCUGUGGGACCAGCUCUUGGAAGGAAGGAUCAAACUGCAAAAAGCUCUGUUGACUACCAAUCAGCUUCCUCAACCGGAUGUUUUCCCUGUUUUCAAGGACAAGGGUGGCCAAGAAUUUGCCAGCGCCUUGAAAAAUAGUCACAAGGCACUUAAAGCAUUGUUGAGGUCAUUGGUAGGUCUUCAGGAAGAGCUGCUCUUCCAGUACCCUGACACUAGGUACCUAGUAGAUGGGACGAAGCCCAAAGCAGAAAGUGAGGAGGAGAUUUCAAGUGAAGAGGAAGAGCUGGUAGGAGAGAAGAAGAAGCAGAAAAGGGCCCCACCAAAGAGGAAGCUGGAGAUGGAUGACUAUCCUGGCUUUAUGGCAAAGCGUUUUGCUGACUUCACAGUUUACAGGAACCGCACACUUCAGAAGUGGCAUGAUAAAACCAAACUGGCUUCUGGAAAACUGGGGAAGGGUUUCGGUGCCUUUGAACGCUCAAUCUUGACUCAGAUUGAUCAUAUUCUAAUGGACAAAGAAAGAUUACUUCGAAGGACACAGACCAAGCGUUCUAUUUACCAAGUUCUUGGCAAACCCGAGCCAGCACCGCAGCCUGUCCCGGAGAGUUUGCCAGGGCAACCGGAGAUCCUUCCUCAGGCUCCUGCCAAUGCCCACCUGAAGGAUUUGGAUGAAGAAAUCUUUGAUGAUGAUGAUUUUUACCACCAGCUCCUUCGAGAACUCAUAGAACGGAAGACCAGCUCGUUGGAUCCCAAUGAUCAGGUGGCCAUGGGAAGGCAGUGGCUUGCAAUCCAGAAGUUACGAAGCAAAAUCCACAAGAAAGUAGAUAGGAAAGCCAGCAAAGGACGGAAACUUCGGUUUCAUGUCCUUAGCAAGCUACUGAGCUUCAUGGCACCUAUUGACCAUACCACAAUGAAUGAUGAUGCCAGGACAGAGUUAUAUCGAUCUCUUUUUGGCCAACUCAACCCUCCUGACGGAGGCCACGGGGACUGACAGCACCCAGCCCUCUCGCUGCAAGGCCUGAGGGUGGCCUCCAGCCCGGCGGUGCCGUGGCCAGGCUGGCUGCUCACCCAGCCCCACGUGGAGGAAGCCGCUGGCCUGUGGGGCUGAGUGAGUCAGGGACAGAUGCCCAGCAAAGUCCCAGGACGCCUGGAGUCACCUGUCUUUGUUUCUCGCACUUUCGUGUGCAAAGCGCCCUUCCCCCAUGUCCUUGAGCCACCACCAAUAAAGAGCGUUGUUCCUGGC